UAACACAUGGAUUUACACAAACACUGCAAUGUAACAGCAAGGUUUAUUUGCAGAUCCAAACACACUUUCAACCAAACACAAUAGCUGGCUAUUUAUUAGAUGAACUCCCUCCCAGCCCCCCAUCUUUCCCACACUCAAACACACCUCCAGCAAAGGUAUACAUAAGUGUCUGUGCAGGUGCUUCGGUCAAAGAGGAGCGACACCAGCAACACUCCUGUUCUCUGGUCACCCUCUCAGCAAAAAUGUCUCAGGAUUAUUUUGGAUUCUCCUUAAUAAGGAACUAUGCAAGAAACGGCACGGCCACUGUGGCUGUUAACAACGCAGCAGAUAUCUCCGUUAUUGUGAUCUACUUUUUGGUUGUCUUGGCUGUUGGAGUAUGGGCUAUGAUCCGCACCAACCGAUCCACAGUCGGUGGCUUCUUCCUUGCGGGGAGGAGUAUGGUGUGGUGGCCGAUUGGAGCCUCACUGUUUGCCAGCAACAUUGGCAGUGGCCACUUUGUAGGCAUUGCUGGGACUGCUGCAGCUGGGGGAAUCGCCAUUGGUGGAUUUGAAUGGAAUGCUCUUAUAGUGGUCGUCAUUCUAGGAUGGCUCUUCGUGCCCAUCUACAUUAAAGCUGGGGUGGUCACCAUGCCCGAGUACCUGAAGAAGAGGUUUGGAGGACAGCGUAUUCGCAUCUAUCUCUCUGUGCUGUCCCUCUUCCUGUAUGUUUUCACUAAGAUCUCAGCAGACAUGUUCUCUGGUGCGAUUUUUAUCAACCAGGCACUUGGGUUGAAUAUCUACCUUGCUGUCAUCAUGCUACUAUCGAUUACUGCACUCUACACUGUCACAGGUGGAUUGGCUGCAGUGAUCUACACAGACACCUUACAGACCAUCAUCAUGGUUGUUGGAUCAUUCAUCCUUAUGGGCUUUGCUUUCAAUGAGGUGGGAGGCUAUGAAAGCUUCCAGCAGCGCUACAUGGAGGCCGUCCCCUCUAUCACGGCUAACGUCAGUGCGAGCUGCUACGAGCCUCGGGCCGACUCCUUCCACAUUUUUAGGAACGCGAUCACAGGAGACCUGCCAUGGCCUGGCCUUGUCUUUGGCCUCACCAUUCAGGCCACCUGGUACUGGUGCACUGAUCAGGUGAUUGUCCAGCGCUGCCUCUCAGCUAAGAACUUAUCUCACGUUAAGGCAGGCUGUAUCUUGUGUGGCUACCUGAAGCUGCUGCCUAUGUUCCUCAUGGUUUUCCCUGGGAUGAUAAGCAGGAUCCUCUAUCCAGAUGUGGUGGCAUGUGUGGACCCGGCUGAAUGUGAAAAAUACUGCGGUGCCAGUGUGGGCUGCACCAACAUCGCUUAUCCCAAACUGGUGUUGGAUAUCAUGCCCAAUGGUCUGCGCGGUCUCAUGCUGUCGGUGAUGAUGGCCUCUCUGAUGAGCUCACUUACCUCCAUCUUCAACAGUGCCAGUACUCUCUUCACAAUGGACAUCUACACUAAGAUUCGCCGCACAGCCAGUGAAAGGGAACUCAUGGUAGCCGGCAGAUUGUUUAUCUUGGCCCUGAUUGGUGUGAGCAUAGCAUGGAUCCCUGUGGUGCAAUCAGCCCAGAGUGGUCAGCUCUUUGACUACAUCCAGUCCAUCACCAGCUACCUAUCACCACCUGUAGCAGCUGUCUUCAUGCUUGCCAUCUUCUGCAAGCGUGUCAAUGAGUCUGGCGCAUUUUAUGGCCUGGCGAUUGGCCUGCUUAUCGGCCUGUCCAGGAUGAUUUCUGAGUUUGCUUUUGGGACAGGCAGCUGCAAUAACCCCAGUAACUGUCCCACCAUCAUAUGUGGAGUCCACUACCUCUACUUCGCCAUCAUCCUGUUUGUUGUCUCCUGUGUCAUCAUCCUGGGAGUCUCUCUCAUGACCAAACCCAUUGACGACAAGCAUUUGUAUCGUCUCUGCUGGAGCCUGAGGAACCGUACAGAAGAGAGGGUGGACCUCGAACAGGAUGAUUGGAUUGACAACCAAGAGUCCAACAAUAUGGACAUAGACGAGCCCCAGGAGGAACCAGGCUUCUGCAAGAAGGCGGUGAUGGGCUUCUGUGGCCUGGAGCAGCAAAGAGCCCCCAAGUUGAGUCCAGAGGAGCAGGCAGAGCUGCAGAGGAAGCUCACAGACACCACAGAGGUGCCGCUAUGGAGGAACAUAGUCAACGCAAACGCCCUCAUCCUCCUGUGUGUGGCUGUUUUCUUUCAUGGUUUUUUCGGUUAAAGAAACUCGGCUGGUCCCAAAUGCUCUCGGAUAAUUUAUAUUUAACUAUGACUUUUGUUCCUCGUCUUUACUUUAGCUUUUUGUGAUUGUAAACAUGAUGACUGAGGGCAAAGGUGUCAGAACAACUCAUGAAUGGAGCUGCAGGGUGACUCACGCUUGUCUUUACCAGAAAGAGUCCACUCACACUGCUUGUAGCAGUAUAAAUUUAUGAUUUGAUAUCUGAUAACAGCCCUUGUUCACAUGAACUUAAUUGGUACAAUAAUCAGACUGCUUUUAGCUAUCGCAAUAAUGUGUUUAAAAUGUGAUAAUAAUGGCCAUAGUGUCAACUCAACUAGUAUUUACUCUUACUCAAAACUGGAAAAAUAAAUGCUCCUUUAUCGUCUCUUGGAUUUUGUAGUUUACAUGUAAUUGACAAGAAAGUGAAUUGGCCUAAGUUAAUUUUUAUGUGUUUUUGAGAUUACAUGCUGAAUAAAAAUGCCUCUUUAACCUGUAAUACAUAACAGAUGCGGGUUUGGACAAGAUUGAGGAUGUAAAAAUUCCCUGUAAUUACUGUUUUUGCGACCUCAGUCUACAUAACCCUUUUUCCCCCUCAUUAUAUGUGCUCAAAGUCCACAAGUGCUGCCUCUUCUUCAAUACUAAGAAUCUCACUGUGUGUUGUUUUUAGGUGUUAAUGAAUAAAAACAUCUCAGGGAAGUAGGUUUGUGAAUUACACAGAA